AAAAUGUCUUCCUCGCCAGGAAUCAAGCCUCGGGAGCAUGUGGACAUGAUGUACAUCUCCAUUGAGACAGCUAUUGCCUUGGCCUCCGUGCUGGGGAAUGUGCUGGUGGUGCUGGUAGUGUGCGUGAACCGGGCUCUCCGCAACACCACUUUCUGCUUCAUCGUGUCUCUGGCUGUGGCUGACAUCGCUGUGGGAGUUUUGGUCAUCCCUCUGGCUAUUAUCAUCAGUCUGGGAUUCAGCACUCAGUUCUACACCUGCCUCUUCCUCUCCUGCCUGCUGCUGAUCAUCACCCAGAGCUCCAUCCUUUCCCUGCUGGCUAUCGCCAUUGACCGAUAUCUCCGAGUCAAGAUUCCCACCAGGUACAACAUCAUAGUGACCCACGGGAGGGCAUAUGUGGCCGUUUUUCUGUGUUGGAUCCUCUCCUUCCUCACUGGACUGGUACCAAUGAUUGGCUGGAAUAACCGAGAUGCCCUUGGAAACCUCAGUAGUUCUGAUGAGAUUGUGUGUGAAUUCACCACUGUCAUUAGGAUGGACUACAUGGUGUAUUUCAAUUUCUUUGGCUGGGUGGUGGUGCCGCUGACCAUCAUGAUUACUCUGUAUGCAGAGAUCUUCAGGGUGAUCCGGCGCCAGCUUAACCGACGUGCUGAGGCCACCUGUGAUGGAGACAGGUACUAUCGGAAGGAGCUGAAGCUGGCCAAAUCACUGGCCCUGGUGGUCUUCCUCUUUGCUGUGUGUUGGCUGCCAAUACACAUUAUGAACUGCAUCGACUUCUUCUGCCCAAAAUGUCACGUACCCAAGUUUGCCAUGUAUGUAGGGAUAUUCAUGUCCCAUGUGAACUCAGCCCUCAACCCAAUGGUUUAUGCUUUCAGGAUAAAGCGGUUCCGUGUAACGCUGGUCCAGCUUGUUCGCGGUUGCAUAUUAUGUAAACACUCAGAACCCACUCCAUGCCGCACCAGCACACCAGCCCUGACGGAGAAAGCGGAUGGAAACCUGUGACAAGGACUGGGGAUAUUCUGUGUGCACUUCCAGUGAGAUGGUGCAGCGAUAAGACUUAGGACAUGGGAUCACGUGGUAUUUGGAAUAUCAACCCAUCAACAGAGAUAACAAAGCACUUCACUGAGUCAUGGAACAAAUUCAUUUCUGACUCAUUUGCAUACCUUGAGAAAAUGAAACUGCAAUCAAGAGGAAAAGAUCCUGUCAUUCUAUAUUGUUUUGUUUUCCACACAAUGCUUCCUUAAUUGAUUCAUAUUGAAUUAUGUCAACAUAUUAAGUAAUACAACAAACAUGUUCAUGUUCAAAAAGCUUGUCAGUAAGUUCACCAGAAUAAACAUGCAUAGCUGCUCCACUUACUACACUAUUCUUACAUUUCUUAUUUCACAUUUACAAUUUAAAUACAUUUUUAAAAGACUGAAAGUCAACAGCCAUGGUAGCAUCUAUGUGAGGACUUUGAGAUAAAUGCUAACAUGCUCAAAAUAAC